AUGCUACUACUAUCGCAAUUUCUCUGCCCAAGUUUGCUGGCCGUGAGCUCUCUACUCACUAGAGCUCAAGCUGCAGGAGAAGGAAGAAAAACCAUCGCCUAUCGAACAGUUUCCCAAGCGGAAGCCGAGGCUAUCAAUCAAAGGAACAAGCCUUCCAGAGAUGAAAGUUACGAUGCAGUACUCAAAGUGAUUGGUCAACUAGGAAGUGGCUUUUAUACGACAAACAAACCUUCUAGCUGGGAAGUUGAGCCCGGCAAAUGGUAUUGUGUCAUCGAAGCGCCUCAUGAAAAGAUUGAGAAUUACCCUAAAAUAUGGAUUCCAGAAUAUUGGGAAAGACCUGUCUCCGGCGAGUUUGAUGAGUAUAUUGACUUAUGGGAACGAGACGAGUCAGUCCUCUUGGAGUACAUCGCGACAAAGACGUCAAAACCCAAAAAGGCCUUGCGCUUUUCAUAUGUCGCAUGGUGGCACGAAACGCUGCUGCAAAUGGUCAUUCCAACUAUAACGCUAGAAAGCAAUGAAUUGGACUUGUGGGCUAAAUGCUUCCCAACAACCAAGGAGCUGGAAGAAUAUUCGAGCGAAACCAUUGACUGGACGAGUUGGGAGAAUAUUAUUGGAGAACCUGGAUAUCCACCUGCACUUUUGCCUAAUUCAUUCGACUAG